AACAACAACCAAAAUCAACAGAAACCACCAUGCUUUCUGAGUUCUUACCCUACAAAUGCUAUGCCCCAGCAGCCAUUCUAUAAUCCCCAGGACUGUCUCGUCCUGCAGUGCCAUCCACAAUUGCAUCCCCGGCCUCCGCAGCAACAGAUGUACCAGAUUUUAGUACCCACACUUCAACCUCCAUGUCAUCGGGCUUCAUCGGCUCAAGGGAAUCCAACAGAGAUGCAGUAUAAUCAGGCUUGUCAGUCGGACACAGGCAGGGUGGUGUUACAGGAGAUGGAGCAGGUCGCAGAUCACAUGAGUCUACAGUACAGUAUUGAUGAGGCCUGUAUUGCCGAUCUGCAGGACGUUCAGCCAGGAAGGAAGAGAAUGAUAGAGCAGAGGAUUUCUGAUGGGCCCAUUCCCGCCAAAAGCAGAGUUGUCCAGCACUUUACUACAGGUUCUAGAAUUGGGAGUUCAAGCUCUGAUUUCAAACCACCGAUGAGUGAAGAAGCCAAAGCGGUGACUGAAACCAAUCGCCGAACUGUCACCCUCAUUCAGGAUUCAUCUCCACCUUCAUUUCUGCAACACGGUCUCAAGCUGACCUGUCCCAUACAGAACCAGGUGGCCAUCAGUGGAAAUGAACACAGCGCUUUCAUACCCUUCAGUUCCGGCCUGAAAACACAGUCUGUUACUGCUCAAACCAGCUUCAUAGUAAGACUGAACCACUAAGGAGAUCA